AUGUUCUAUCAGCCCGGCGUGACGGAGCAUAAUCUUCCGCAUGACCCAUUCAAGGCAUGCGUGAUUCCGCGUCCGAUCGGAUGGAUCUCCACCCAGAAUAAAGAGGGUCAAGCCAAUUUAGCACCCUACUCUCAAUUCAAUAAUUUGACCUUCGACCCACCUUAUGUGAUGUUCUCCUCGAACCAGACUGUCGAGGGCACACGCAAGGACACGGUCAUCAAUGCGGAGCAGACAGGUCGGUUCGUCUGGAAUCUGGCAACAUGGGAUCUCCGUGAGGCCGUCAACAUUUCGGCGGAGCAAGUGCCCUAUGGAGUUGACGAGUUCGAGCGCGCCAAGGUGACCAAGGAACCGGCCACUUUGAUGGAUGUACCGAUGGUUCAGGAGUCUCCAGUGAAAUUUGAGUGUGAAUACCACUCCACCGUGCGACUACCAGGUAAUCCUCCAAUGGGCACUGUGGACGUGGUGAUUGGCCGUGUGGUCGCCGUGCAUAUCAAGGACGAGGUUCUGACCGAUGGAAUUCUGGAUAUCAAGAAGACGAAGCCGAUUGCCCGCUGUGGAUAUUAUCAGUACACAGUGGUGACUGAGACAUUUGACAUGGUGAUUCCCGGCAUGUCGGACGAUGUCCUAUAUGGGUUAGAAGGGAGUGCGAAGCGCAAUCGCGAGGCCGGCUCGCGAUUGCCGUGA